ACCUUUCUUUUGGUGUCGUUUCUUCACGGUCUCGUUUGAGCGACGGACCACUACGGAUGAACGUGCCAAUGAAGUCCUCUCAGAUUAAUCAAUGAAUUCAUAAUAUUGUGAGUUUAUUUAAGAUGGAGAGCGAUGUACUGGAUAUUCUGGAUCAGGUUGGAUAUGAUGGGCCGCUGUCAGAUGAGGAGUCUCUGUUAGCUGCAUGUGAGCGAGGCUUCAGUUCAUCUGAAUAUAUCAAUCUUCUACUGCAUCUAUCAACCCGACUCGCCCAAAUCACUGAUAGACCUGCAGGAGACUCUCUGAUCACAGAAGAUCCUGACAGAUGUUUGCUGGAGCUCAACAGACUGCUGACAGAGUUCUGCUGUCCGUAUAAAGACGUCGUCUCGGGGUUAAUAAACGGGGAUGCAAAAGACACAAAGCACCAUUUGAAGAUCCUUUUGUUUUUGGGCUCUGAGCUUCAAGCCGCUGAGAUGGUGGCCAGUAAAGCAGCGACUGACACAGAUGUGGAGUUGGACGCCUCUCUCCAGGAUCUCCGAAUGAUUUGUAAAACUCUGAAUCUACCCGAUCCCAAACGACAAGAGGCCAGAGAUACGCUUACUGCCAUAGAGAAAGAGGUGUGUGUUUUACUCAAGAAACUUCCAGAAACACACAUUGGAAAUCCUGCAUUCAAGUGUUCACUUGAUGUUGAGAAAUGGAAUAAGCUGGAGGAGAUAAACGGCGUUCUGUCAGCAGAUUAUGAGUGUAGACGUCGUAUGCUUAUCAAGCGUCUGGAUGUCACCGUACAGUCCUUCAGUUGGUCUGACAGAGCGAAGGUGAAAAUUGAUCGAAUGGCCAAGGCGUAUCAGUCAAAGAGAUAUUCAUUAGCAUUAAAGUCAUCAGUAACUCUGGCUCAUCUGCUCGCUGCCCGAGAUGACGUCUGUAACGUGGUGAAAACUAGCAGUGGCUCGUGCAGAGAGAAAACCACCUGCGCGGUUAACAAAAUUCGGAUGGGAGCCGUUCCUGAUCGCGGCGGAAGACCGUCUGAGAUUGACGCUCCUUUGCCUGAGAUGCCCGCCUGGCAGAAGAGAGCUGAUGGAGGAAACCGGGGUGGCAGAGGAGGAAGAGGAGGAGGAGGAGGAGGGAGUUGGAAUUCAGGUGGAUCCAGAGGUCAAUGGACACAAGGCAACUGGAGAACAGGAAGAAAAGGACAUUACUACCACUGAAAGUGUUUCAAUAAUAAUACAGUGUUGUUAGGAACGUGUGAUUGAAUGUUUUUAUGACUUGUUAGUGUAAUUCACAGAUACUUUUUAUACACAUCAUAGCAAACUGUAUCAUGUUUUUUAAAUGGGUUACAUUAGUCUCUAGCUUAUGAUCUGAUCUGAAGAAAUUUGUGUGCACUCUUUAUGGUGGUUUUUAAUGUGGGUGAACAUUUAUACAGAAUACAGAAACUCAUUCAAAAUCUCAAGAUAAUUUUUGGGCUUUUUUUAAACACUGGACGCUACAGGAGUGAAAGUAAAGUUUUUAGUCAAAGCCCCACAACAGAAAUGUCUCUCCCUAAAAUGUAAAAUCUUUGAUCAGUAACACACAACUAAUACACAUGAUUUUGUUCACGUGGAUGUCUUAAUAGGGAAAUAUCAUACAGCUAAUUAUAUAUGAUAUAAACUCCAUCAUGUUUUAUUGAUUCUUUCUAUCAGUUUAAUUUGUGUUACAGUAAUAAUAUA